AUGGCGGAACUCGAGGCGAAUCUCACAGCGUACGAUUUGGAUGUCGCUCUCGAGCGUGAUGCCGAGGGCGAGGGAUGCUUCGUGCUUGAUGUUGGGGUAGAUGAUGCUGGCAAGUCGGUUGAGUCUGUGAAGUGGGUGGAGGGGGUUGUGCAGGAGUAUCUUGUUCGUGGUGAGGAGCUGGGUGCGUCGGUUACGAAGAUGUAUGUUGUUGGGGAGUGGAAUAGCGCUGUGUAUGGUGAGGAAGACGAGGGGGAUGGAGAGCGCGAGGUAAGUGAGUGUCAUGGGAAGAGCAAGUAUGAGCGGGAGUGGGAGGAGGCGGGAGCAGAGAUUGCGGAGAUGGUUGAGAAGAUGCCUGGUUUGAAGGAAUUGACAUGGAUCGCUGGCAUCCCCUUCAUGAGCGUGGUCUGGGAGACGCUCCCCACAUCCCUUACAAAGCUCGUUCUCGAUCUCGGCCAGCCCGUUCGCAUUGAGCAGGAUGGCCACAUCGAGUACAAGUCGUACAUCACGCAGACGGAUAUGCGGCCUCUUGUCCGGCAGACCGAACUUAAGGAACUCCGGCUGUUCCGUAUGCACGACUCGAUGCAGUCUGUUGUUUGGGAAACUAUAUUUAGGAAUGUGUCUGAGAGCGGCGUGCGCGUUGUUGACUUGCAGAUGGCUGCUGAGCCGCUUGUUCGUGCGACGCACUGGCAUAAAGCUGAGGAUGUGGUAGGCUUGACAGUCCCGAAGCAGGACUCCAAUGAGAAGGAGUACAAGGGCAUUGAAGGAAAGGGUGUUUUGCACCACUCGUUCGGCAUGGGUGAAUAUCUUGAUGCUUUCUGCAUGCGCAAAGCACGUAUCGCUGCAGGUUUAGAGGAAGCUAAGCCACUUCCACUCUGGUGCCUCAAGCUUGACGGCUUUGUUGUCGAUUACCUUCCUUUCGAGCAUGAGCUUUCCCGCAUCGCCCUGCUGACCUGCGGUAAAGACUGCAUUGAUAGUGGCCUACAAGCUCCCAAAACCCCACUUAGUCCACAUAAUAGGUGGAGCAAGAUGGUCAACAACGCCACUUCCCACUGUUUAAUUCAGUGGCCCAACUGGACUGGAGUCUUUGAUGAUCAUGGCGAUCAGCGCGACAACCAUGGCGAGAUUGCCUCCGAGGAGACUGGCCUCUCGACCCCAGCCAAUGGACAGCUGUCGCCUUCUCCGAUGCCAUUGACAAAGACGGCACUCCAGAUGAAGGACUUGGGAGAUGCUAUCGACCGUAUUAUCGAGAAAGGGGAAGACCCUCCUGCCGUUUCGAAAUCACUUUCACUGAUAGCCGUCGAUGCACCGUUGAGCAUGGCUUCAGACGUAUCAGUCUGUGGCUCUGAUGCCCCUACGCCAGCUGCCGGCUCAGUGUCUCCAAACUCUCUCAAGAUGCCUACGGUCGACGGCUCGGCCACGUACAGUAAUGCUGCUUGGAUGGGUGCUAGCCUGACAUUGGUUGAGAGCGCCAACACGGUGCAGUCGGGGAUAUCUACGGACAGCAGCUUCGACAAUGUGAGCCCUGUGGAUGUUUAUGCAGCCAACGGCUUCGACAGCACGGCGCCUAAGGAGAAGACGGUAUUCAAGACGGGCGGCUUCAAGCACAAGGUAAGACGAUCUUUGGACUGGCUUUCUGGCUCGCGUUCUGAUUCUGGCGAAACGGUUUGA